UGCAAUGAUCAUUGCCCACCAGGCUCCAGAAAGAAAAUAAAGGAAAGUGAGCCUUUUUGUUGCUAUGAUUGUAAUAUUUGUCCAUCGAGAAAAUUUUCAAAUGAAAGAGAUAUGGAUGACUGCUUAGACUGUCCAGAAGAACAGUAUCCAAACAAGGAAAAAAACCUGUGCAUUCCAAAGGAUCUAAAUUUCUUGUCUUACAAUGAAACUUUGGGCAUCACUUUGGCUGUUCUGGCUUUAUCAUUUUCUGUGACCACAGUGGUGGUACUUGGAAUUUUCAUAAAACAUCGGAAUACUCCGAUUGUCAAAGCUAACAACCGGAAUCUCACUUAUCUUCUCCUUGUCUCCCUCUUCCUCUGCUUCCUCUGUUCCUUGCUAUUCAUUGGUCAGCCCCAAUUGCUGACCUGUCUUCUUCGUCAAAUUGCUUUUGGGAUCAUCUUCUCAGUUGCUGUCUCUUCAGUUUUGGCCAAAACCCUCACAGUGGUUCUAGCUUUUAUGGCUACUAAGCCAGGAUCAAAAAUGAGAAAAUGGGUGGGGAAAAGAUUUUCAAAUUCUCUGAUUCUCUGUUGUUCCUGCAUUCAAGCAAGUAUUUGCAUAUUGUGGCUGUGCACUGGCCCUCCGUUCCCAAAUUUGGACAUGCAUUCUCUUCCAGAAGAGAUUGUAGUUGAAUGCAAUGAAGGAUCAGGCAACAUGUUCUAUUAUAUUUUAGGAUAUAUGGGGUUUCUUGCUCUCAUCAGCUAUAUUGUGGCUUUCUUUGCUCGAAAACUGCCAGACUCUUUUAAUGAAGCCAAAUUUAUUGCUUUCAGCAUGCUGGUGUUUUGUAGUGUAUGGGUGACUUUUGUACCAACUUAUCUGAGCACGAAAGGAAAAUACAUGGUAGCUGUGGAGAUCUUCUCCAUCUUGGCUUCCAGUAUAGGAAUAUUGGGAUCUAUCUUUUUCCCUAAAUGCUACAUAAUCCUACUGAGACCAGAACUCAACACAAAGGAGCACCUAAAAAUGAAAAAUUAA